CAUAAGCAGCAAACAUUCCUCGCGCAGCUGAGAGUGAGUGAGUGUACAGGGACAUGGUAUCGACUGUCAGUGCUGCUCUUCUCCGCACACAACAUGGGCUCAGCCGCCCAUACCACCAAAAGCAGAGCCCCAGCUUCACUGCAAAGCCCCGGACUCGGUUCUGUGUCGUGGAUCGCGUGUAUUGUUGAGAUAUUUGAGGUGUAAAAUGUGGGUGAUGGUGCUGUGGACUCAGGACAAGAUGGCAGCAGUAUGAGACACACACAUCUACAUGCUGUGAGUUCAGUCGAAGUGUGUAAAAUGAUCGGAGAAGACCUGGAUUAUAUCUACUGUUAGUCCGUGUGAAAGGUAUGGCCUCACAAGUCUUGGUCUACCCACCACAUGUUUUUCAAACUCAGACAAGUGCCUUUUGUAGUGUGAAGAAACUCAAAGUUGAGCCCAGUAACUGUGUUUACCAUGAGAGGGCCUACCCACAGACUUACUUGAAUGGUAGAACCCUUGGCAUUGCUUACCCGGCAAAAAUCACUGCUUCUUUUAAGACACAAGAUUCUGUGAUCGGCAGACACCGCGGGCAGGAGUUUCCAUUGCAAACGGCUGCUGUACGCGGUGUGCGACGUCAGCAUACCACCACAGCGGCGCAGCAGCAAAAAGGGGGUGUCGCCUCUCGGGAUAAGGAGCCGGAGCACCAGGAAAAAGGAAAGGGUUGCAGCAGUGGAGCUACAGGGGCAGUUGGAAGGGGUAGGGGAGAGGGAAGCGACAGUCAAGAAGGAGGAGGUGGAGGACAGGGUGAAGGUGACGAAGGUGGUGGAGGAGAGGACGAGGGUGACCGGGAAGACUGUGGAGUUUUUAACUUGCAAGACAGCUCCCACAGAUGCGGGCUGAAACGUAAGAGCAGGGAGCUGGAGAACUUGGGGAGCGCCAUGCAGAUUGUAGAGGACCUGUCAAUGUUACCUGCAAUGUUGCAAUCAAAUUUGGGAAAUCCACCAGUUGCGGUCCCAGCGGCAGUUGGUGGAGGGCCUGCAAAACAAGGUGGAAAUUCCGGAAACGGGGAUGGAGACUACCAGUUGGUGCAGCAUGAGUUGCUAUGCUCUUUGAAGAACACCUACGAGGUAUUAGACUUCCUCGGCCGUGGUACUUUCGGCCAGGUAGUGAAAUGCUGGAAACGAGGCACCAAUGAGAUUGUGGCGGUGAAGAUCCUGAAGAAUCAUCCAUCAUAUGCACGACAGGGCCAGAUUGAAGUAGGCAUCCUGGCACGCCUCAGCAGCGAGAAUGCAGAUGAGCAUAAUCUGGUGCGAGCUUUUGAGUGUUUCCAGCACCGCAGCCACACCUGCCUCGUGUUUGAGAUGCUGGAGCAAAACCUGUAUGACUUCCUCAAGCAGAACAAAUUCAGCCCGCUACCUCUGAAGGUGAUCCGUCCCAUUCUUCAGCAGGUGGCCACGGCGCUAAAAAAGUUGAAGGGCAUGGGACUGAUCCAUGCGGACCUGAAGCCUGAGAACAUCAUGCUGGUGGACCCUGUACGGCAGCCCUACCGGGUGAAAGUCAUAGACUUUGGCUCAGCCAGUCACGUCUCCAAAGCCGUCUGCUCAACGUACCUCCAGUCGCGGUACUACAGGGCUCCAGAGAUCAUUCUUGGCCUGCCUUUUUGUGAAGCCAUAGACAUGUGGUCGCUGGGAUGUGUGAUUGCUGAGCUCUUCUUGGGCUGGCCUCUCUACCCAGGAGCCCUUGAGUUUGACCAGAUCCGCUACAUUUCUCAGACGCAGGGUCUGCCAGGCGAGCAUCUGUUAAAUGUGGGGACGAAGACGUCUCGCUUUUUUUGCCGGGAGUCAGACUCGCCAUAUGCGGCCUGGAGACUUAAAUCCACAGAAGAGCACGAGACCGAGACGGGGCUGAAAUCAAAAGAAGCCAGAAAGUACAUCUUCAGCUGUUUGGAUGACAUAGCGCAUGUGAAUCUAGUGAUGAAUCUGGAAGGCUGUGAUUUGUUGGCAGAGAAGGUUGAUCGUGCAGAGUUUGUGGGUUUGCUGAAGAAGAUGUUGUUGAUAGAUGCAGAGGAAAGAAUCGCCCCGAGUGAUGCCCUUAGCCAUCCUUUUGUUACCAUGCAGCACCUUUUAGACUUCCCCCACAGCAACCAUGUCAAAUCGUGUUUUCACAUUAUGGACGUGUGCUGCUCACGGCCAGGCAGUUAUGAGUCUCUCAGUCGGACCAAGGCUCCGUUUAUCAGGACUGUCCCGAGCACUGGUGCAGCGCCCAGCAUUACCCUGCCCUUCUGCAAGGUGACUGGCAUUCACACUCAGGCUUUAGCCUCAUCCGCUCCUUCAGUGAUGCAUCCUGGAAUACCUCUCCAGACAGGAAGUGCUCAGUUUGGUGACUCUUUCCAACAGGCGCUUAUUCUCUGUCCCCCAACUUUGCAAGGUCUCCCACCCAACCCAAAAAAGCCAGCGGGAUACUCGGUGCGUAUGGAAAGUACAGUCCCACUGGUGACACAAGCUUCUGCCAUCCAGCCUCUACAGAUCAGACCAGGGGUCAUUACACAGCAAGCUUGGUCAAGUCGUGCCCAGCAGAUCUUGGUGCCCACCUGGCCUCAGGUGGCCCAGGUGGCCCCUGUGGCGCCUUCAGCAACAACAAUGGCCUCAGAAAGAGUGGCAGGUCCACAAAGACUAGCAGAUUGGGGGAAAGUUCAUUCCCUUGGCAACCAUUACAGCUCCAUGAUGCCCCACCACCAGCCACUGUUAACCAACCCGAUGGCCAUGUCAGCUCACCAGCCUAUCAGCAUAGGGAUCGCUCAUGUGGUGUGGCCACAGCCAGCUGCUAACAAGAGAAAUAAACCAUCUUCAAACAGAAGUAACAACUUCAUGCACAGCUCCAAUUUCCAAAACUCAUCAUGCCAGUCCCCAAAGAUGGUAGACAGUGCCAAACACACAGAAGAGGCGGCAGCAGAUUGUGUAGUGGAGGCGGAGUCUGAGGCGGUGCCAGAGGAGGAGCCUGUGUGCUGUAAAGCAGAAGCAGAGUACGAGGACUCAACUGUGUCUCAGAAGCAGAGACAGACCAUUGUGAUCGCUGACUCCCCGAGCCCUGCAGGCAGUGUCAUCAGUAUCAGCAGUGGAACAGAUGAGGAGGGGCCGGACACUCAGAAACAUUCACUAGAGUGUAAGGGUAGCCCGGAGUGUGAGGCAUGUCAGAGCACACUGAAUAUGGAGCGUGUGUGUUCCCUUAGCAGUCCCGAUUCAACCCUUAGCACCAGUUCAUCUGCUUCAGAACAGUCCAGCGCCUCCCCUUGCAAGAGACCCAACAGUAUGUCAGAAGAUGAGCGUGAGAGUGGAUGCGAUACGGUAGACGGCUCGCCCGCGUCUGUGUCCUCCAGUCGAGCUGACAGCCCUUUCCUUGAGGCCACCUAUAUCAAUGACAACAACCAGAACUGCAAAGCCAAUGGAACCACAGAGGCUGAGACUACCAAGCUGCCCGUCCGCACCAUGGUGGUGCCGCCCAUGCGGGUUCAGAAUAAUGAGCCAAUAGGCCACACAGAACCAUCUUGCCCCCCCAAAGGCCGUAGUGGUUCCAACAGACAGCCGCCCUACUCGACGUUACUGGUGAAUCGCCAACAGAAGACCGCACAGGCUUUCCCGCCCCUGCAGCCCUCUCAACAGCAGCUCCCCUUUGGACAGCGUUACCGGGGAAACCUCGAUCUCUACCACUCCAACAGCGCCUCCCGCUGGCAGAGAAUUAAUUUGCAUAUAUAUGCCGCCACAAAUAGUGUCCAGCAUUAUGGGUCGUCCCACCAGGAGUGGAACGGCAACUACAGCCACCGCCGGCCUCAAGCGUUCAUCCCGCCCACCGUUCAUGGCCACACAUUCACACUGCCUCACGGCAGUCCCACCCACACUGCCCACCCUCAAUCGCACCUGGGUGUCCACCCUCACACCCAGCCGACUUUACUGUCCUACCCCCCUUCAGGCCCACUGGUGACAAAUGCCCCAAUGGCCCACCUCUUAGCUUCACCUGGGGCGACACGGAAUCAUGUCUUUCAGCCGGCUUAUGGCCUCUCCCAUCCGGCGGGACACCUUGUGCACCAGGUCACUGUGGGGCUCAACCGCCUUUUGCCCUCUCCAACCCUCCACCCUCAAGGCCAAUUCAAGCCUCUGUUCCCCCCACACUCCUUCAUCGCAUCACCUGCAUACGCAGGCUUCCCACUCAGUCCCACCAAACUAAACCAGUACCCAUACAUCUGAGACUCGCUCUGCAACCCUCUGGAGGGCCGCCAACACGGACGUAACUGUAGAAACCACAAACCACCUGGUUCUCGUACCCAAAGCCAUGGCGCAAGAGGGAAAGAAAGCAGUUUCUUUAAAUCACGUAGACUUGAUUGAGUGCAAUUAAAAUGAGCUUUAAAAGAGGAAACGUUUGGAAAGUCUUUAGCAAGUAGGUAAAGAAAGCGCACGGUUGAGAAGCAAGCGAUUUGGAUAAAUAAGAAAAAAAAACAAAAAACUGUUUUGCACAUUUGAUACAUCACCUUAUCGUAUUUUCAGAUCUUCAGAUUUGAGCGCUCCUCUAAUGAAUAUCAACAACGGAUGGUGUCCAAAAUCAUGUGAUGGUCAACUUAUUUUUAUACAUUGCCUUUACCUUGUAUACAACACAUGUUUGUUUGUUUGUUUGUUUGUUUGUAAAGACAGCCCUGUAUGUUGUUCGCAACAUAAAAUGUGUCCACUUGCCGUGUUUUCUUGCGUUCCAAGUAUUUGUACUUUUCUCUGCGUCUUUGGUGUUGUUUGGAAUGGAGUCUCCUAAAGGAAUCGUUCAUCGCAUGUGUUGCAUGAUGUUGAUCAGAGAGAAGCCUGUAGGGGCUCUUGACGUGUCUAGAGGCUCGCUGCAUUGUUGUCCCCAGCCAUAGUGCCUUAUAUAUCGGCAGUCGUUCGUGUUCUACUACACUAUCUCUCUGUGUGUAUAUACAAUGUGUUUGUGUGCGUACGUGUGCGUACGUGUCCUGGACUGCAGCACUUGCAAUUCAAAUCAGUCCGUGCGUUCUUUGUGUGUGCGUGUAUAUGUAUUACGUAUAUAUAUACACACUGGUGUAUUAUUUCAUGCAUAGAUAGGCAUCAAUGUACUGCAUUGCACAAACCGCAGUGCUUAUUUUUGGAUCCAAUGUAUAUUUGAGAUGUAGUGAGUUACCUUUUGCGUUAUUUCUUCGGAAGACGGCAUGCUUUUGCUGCUGCAAACGCUUGCUGUUGGAUUUGUUCUUAUUCUCAUUUUUUUCGUUAUCUUAAAUUAACUAGUUGUGUAGAGGAUACAAUGAAUUUCUAUUCAGAAAAAUCUACAAAACUAACAGUAUUUGUACUGUUUAGUAAAACUGCAAUACAAUCUAUAUAGUUUGUUUUUUCUUUUUGUCUGUGUAUUUAGUUCUUUGGGUUUGUGUGUGUUUGUGUUUGCUGUGGUGGGCAUGGCUUCGACUAGAUGAAGACACAAAUGCAAAUAUCGGUCUUUGAUUCAGGGUCAUGGAUUCAUCUUAGCCUGAGCAGACCAUGCAGUAUUUGAUGUAUAGACACUUAUGAGUAUAUAUCUAAUAGAGCUAGUUUAUUUAGUGCUGAAGCUUGACACGGUGUGUUUAAGGUGUGCAAUUCUCAUUUAUGCAUGUGUGAAUUGAUUUUUUUUUUCUUAAUUAUAUCAUUAUAUCAUAUGUUGAAAGCUUGUUGGUGUCAACUGCAUUUUAUACAUUCCGUCAGGGAGAAAUAAAUAUAUAUUGUGUGUGCAUAUAUAUAUAUAUAUAUAUAUAUAUAUAUAUAUAUAUAUAUAUAAUAUAUUGCAGUGUGCAUUUUUGUUUUCAGUUUGUUCUGCUUGGUUUGUGUGUUUUUGCCUCUCAAAUUAAGUUGCUUGUGCAUCACCAAAGACUGUAAUUUGAAGGCUCUGUUCCAAACCUAGUGAUCUGCCUAAGCAGGCACUAUUUCAAGGCAUCGUAGUUACACUCCUGCUCCCUGAGAUUCUCUUUAAUGGAAAGAUAUCAUCCUCGCUGCUCUAUCAUUGGAAAAGCAUCAUGUGUGCCUCGUAAACCAAUCACAUUAUAGCCUUGAUGUCACUAAACCACUUUCAAUCAUGUUUGCAGACACGGCAUGAGAAGUGCCGUAAAAGGAAAUCUUACCUGUCACAAAAUUGUUGGUGACUUCUAUUAUAAAACUGCAUAUUUUUGUUUUUUUUGCUAGAAACUGUCGAUUCAUUAGUAAGAUUAACAAAUAUAGUCCAUUAAAAUAAUUCAGUUUAAAAAAAAAAAGACUAUUUUACCCGGUAUUUAUGUAAUAUAUAUUUUUACGCUUACGAAUGGUAGCUUAGCAACAUGCUAACAUUACACUAUUUAAAUCAACUGCUGGCCGAGCCUAUUCGCAAGUCAUUUGUAUGGCGAGUUACUGCGCAUGUAAAACUUCCUAUAUCGGCUGUGUAUGAAGGCAAUAGACCGCAAAGCAGCUCGUUAGGUUUUGGAACAGAGCCAUUUCUCUGAGCAAGGUAGCUACUCUUUCUGCAUAGACCUCACGUAUACUGUAGUAAUUAUAGUCAUGGGGUAAAUUUCUAAAAUUGUAUUUAAAAAAAUGGCUGAGGUUAUGUUUAGCUUUUUGAACAAGUAAUAAGUCGUAUCAUCUAUCUUGAAUGUAUCAUAGACAAGCUGCUAUAUAUUGAUUGCCACUUCAGAUAGCUGUGAAAUUAGAUUAGACUAGUUCAUAUCUGCAUUCGUUUAUUUGUAUGGGUCUCUCUGAUUGCCUAAACUAGAAGUGGAUUUUGAUUUUGAGUAAAUUUUUUGCUUCAAUGUUUGGAGUGUCAUUGUAACUACUGUAUUGCUGAUAUUGGACAUUUAGAAUUGUUUUUCUUUUUUCAAAUCAGUAUUGUAUCUUCAUAACUGUUCUGGCUCAUCACUGCAUAUUAAUGGACGUGUUUGUGUAACUUAAUUUUUGUAUGUUUACCUGCUUAUCUGUUUUUGACUUGUAAUAGCUUGCAGGAUUGAUUUAACUUUAUCCAAAUGAACAGUUAUUCUGCAGUGUUUCAGAAAUACAAACGUUAAGUUUUUUUUUUCCUUCUCUUUUCUUUUCUCUGUUAAUAAGAUAAUCAACCCCAUAACCUCAUACCACUGAGCACUUAUUAAAACGCUAGUGUGCAGUACACAUGGCCAUGUUUUGAUAUACAGUGUUGUGAUCAAAUGAAUUUAGUGUCCAACUGAAUUGUGAUUUUAUUAAUGUUUGUCAUUUGAAAGUUGAGAACAUAUUUUUAACAAAUUAUCACUGAUGUCAGCUGGUAUGUUAUAUUCAUGUUUGGUCGUGUCAUGUCAUGUCUUUAUUUUUUUUUUUUUUUGUGAACAGUGUAAGCAACACUGUCUGUGCCUUGAUUGAGAUAAUGGUAAUGACACAUUCACUUUGCAAAAACAAAACAAGUAUUCAGCUCACCCACUGACCAGACCAAAUAUAACAAAGAGCAAACAGUAUAACUUUCCAUUCCAGGGAUCGAAAUGGUUAUAUACACUUUUAAAUAAAUAAAUAAAUAAUCAUAUAUGCAUUAAUUUGAGUUAAUAAUCACUAAUAUAUGUCUAUUUAAUCUUAACCAGCUGAUUCUAACAUUUUUGACAUUCUAAUUUCAAUCUUUGCAUAAAGAAUGUAAUACAUUGCACCCUGUGCAUGUUUCGAUCCCUGUGAAAUGGCAUUCACCAGCAUUUAGCCUGAAUACAUCCAGUGUCAAUAUAGAAAAGACUGUACUCAACACUUUCAGUAUUUGUUGUAUGUUCAUAUUUAAACCAAUUCAAGUGGAUAUGGAUGAUUUCUGUUGAACUCUUUUCUAUUAACAGCAUUCAAUAAACAUUGCCACCAUUUUAAUGACAUUCAAUGCUUUUAUGCAUUUUUUUUUUCUUUUUAAUUAUUAUUUUGGAAGUAAUGUAUUGGCAAAAUUACUUUUUUUUUUUUUUUUUUUUUUUAGUUAAUUAUUUAACCUAAAAUAUUUACCAUUCAACCUGAAAUUGACUUCCCGGUAUGUGCUUUGUAAUCUGUUUAUACAAGUUUCAUGGUUUAUAGCAUAUUUUACAAUCUAUCAAAGAAGUUAUUUCACACUGCAAGUUAUGGGUUUCAUGUUUCAAUUACUUGGUUAAUUAGGAGUUUUAAAUUUCACUGUUUUGAUAUUUGUAGACUUUUGUGGCUUUUUGUUUAGCGUUUUGUUUCAUUUGCUUAUUUGAUUUGAUGCUACACUAGUUUGUCACGUAGCACUUGCACUGUGCAAUAUUUAACAGUAUGAGGACUGGGGAAAUGUAACCCUUUGGAUAUAAUGUCUUUACAGAGUGUAAUUGAUGUUUCCUCUCUAGUUCUCAGUGAAUAAAGAUGUGACCAAGCCUUCUUUACUUAGUCACAUUAAACAGAAUUUCCAGGUGACUUUUGGUGAGUGAAUAAGAAUUCAUGGUGUUUUAUUGUCAAGGUUCACUUUGAAUACAAAAGAAAAAUAAAGCAAAAGCAGAAAAAAAAUU